AUGCCGAGCGCAUGGGGUAUCAUGAGGACAGACACGACGAAGAGCUGGGGCUUGCAGCAGUUUCGGAAGUAUGUCGGUGUGGCGGUCGACCAUCCUUCCGUCUUCGAUGAUCCUUUCUUGGCCUACGAUUGGCACACGUCAGUGGCUGACUUGUUGCAGGGGCUUUCCCUUUGUUGCUUCUGGGCAUCGGUGUGCUUCCUGAAGCAUCGGGCUGCGAGCCGCUGCUGUGCCUUUGCCGGGGGUGCCCUGGGAGUUUCCUCGGUAGUCAGCGUGCUCGUGCCCAAUUAUGCCGCCCUGAGCAACGUGCCCACGUAUUUCACCGGCUGCGCCAAGCAGUUCGAUGCUACAGCGACCAUCGUCUCCACAAGCGUCAUGGGCAUGUUGUGCGCAUCAAUGCUUGGCCUUGAGGUAUUUGGGUUCCUGGUUAGCAUCCCCAUCUCUGUCUUGCGAGGGGUGUGGCUUCUGCUGAUCAGGAAAGAUGUGAGGAAUGUUGUGACCCAGCGGGUGCUACGUGGCUUGAUGUGGCUGCUAGCCUUUCUAAUCCCUUUCGUGACCGUGUUUCCCUUGGCGUUUUUCAACCAGCUCACGGAGGACGUGCCAUCUCAACAAAUCUUGACUUCAUUCUGGCUUCUGCCAUCCUUCUUCAUUGUGCUUUGCAACGACGAGGCGCAUGAGACUUGGCUGUUGGAUCUCCCUUGGCUGUGGUCCAUCCUGCAUGCGGAUUUUUGCUUGUCCAAUGUCCUCAUCACCGACCUCAUCCUCCUCGUUCUGGACGACCUGGCGUCUCCCUGCUGCCCAGUGACGCCGACGGCGAGCUGGCGGGCCUGGCGCGUGCGCCUGGCGGGCCUGGAGUCGGUGCGGCUGGUGGAGGGGACUCCGGUGCUGGUCUUUGACUCCGAGGAAAGCGCGCAGGCGGGGCUGGCACGGCUCACGGCUCCAGUGAUUCAACUGGGCGAGCUUUCCUGCUUUAAGAUGUGGCAAUUGAGAGGGUUGCGCGGCCAGAGCGGCCGUGCCCGUCAGGCAGCAGCGCAGGGCCUUCCUGAGGGUGUGCUAGCUCGGGUCGAAAUGCACCGCGUAGAGGUAGGAUAG